GAAUAUGAAAGGCUACGGUCGUGAGUCAAGAGUCGAUGACAGGUACCGCCUUAUUGUAUUUCCGGAGCGGUGAGAGAAACAUGGAUGCGCAGGGCGGCCAUGAUGGUAGAGAGAGUGGUGCUGGUCUUGUUCUUCACUUCACCGUUUAUCGCAGUGCUGAACUCAACAGAGUGUUUCAGACAUAUGGGUGAUAUGACAGCGAUCAGAUACGCCGAGAUGGGAGGAGGAUCUUGGCCACGAGAUGGGCUCGGAAGCGUGACCAUGGCAGAACUAUAAACCAGACAUGGUGCAUAUCAGCAAUAUGAUUGCAGUUCACGGGGACCUUGUUUUCCACUGUUAUUUAUUGCCCUCUUGCAACAAGCACGACUACCCUGAGGAGUUGGCGCCCGCGGGUUGCACACGUGUUGGGAGACACUGGACUGAAUCAACAACCCUAGUACCACAGAUACGACUGCUAUACAACCAGGCAAC